AUGCCUAAGAAAAGGCAGCAUCUCAAGCCUUUCAAGCCAGCGUCGACGGCAUUUCCGACGCCCGGGUCUUCGUCCAACGCAGCUGGCAAGGCUCCGAGGAGUGUGAACGAGCUUCUGGCCAGCUUGCGGCACGCCUCUCUGGAUCCAUCCGCACCGCGACAACUGCCCACCGUCACACCAUCUGUGCCGCCAGCCCUCAGGGAGAUACUGCAGAUCCCAGACACUCCAGUCCCCGCACCCAGGCGGCAGCACAGGCAGAGGCUGGACAACAAUGGCCGCCGCCUCCCAGCUGGCCCCCCUCCCCCACGAAGCUGGGUUGCUUCCAGGAGUGGUACUACGCAUCCCCAGGGCCAACUGUCGCGGUCGACCGUGAGCCGGUGUGGUCUUGCUGAGUCGGCCUUACCAGGCACCUACCUGCCAGCCUCGCGGAGUCUCAUCGACAUUAUCCUAAGGAGAAUUGCUGUCGACUGGGAGGUUCACCGCGUGUAUCACCAGCACUAUCUGUUUUAUAUACCCGCGCAUCUGAAAUCUGCACUCCUUCGAUGGGUUGGCAUUGCGAGUCCGGGAGGCUUGUCGGUAGAAGAUCUCAGACUCAUCUUACUCCCUUCUCCAGACGACCUGGAGGAAGAGGAACGCGGUGGCUUUUCUGAGCAUCACUCCGAGCCCCAAGUCGCCGUCAAUCCAGAGGUCAAUUACUUGGACCUCUCGGGCGCCUUGGGUCGUUCCCUGACCCUCAAAGAGGUCUCCGACCUCCUGUUUCCAUCAAGGAAACAAGAGGAUGCAAGGGAGCUGCAGGAAUCUUGGGACGAGAGCGAGAGUGUCCCCAGCCCUCCGCGCGCGCUUUUACCGAACCUGACGCAUCUGUCGCUCGCUCUUGACCCCCAGUUGGCCUCGGAAGCGUCAUGGAGACAGCUGCUGGCUCUGUCGUCGAAGCUCACCACCGUCACCCAUUUGAGCCUCGCCUACUGGCCCGAUCCAACUCUUACGCCACGAGCCCGUCUCUCCACUGUUGCCACGCCGCAGGGCCAGAAUAUCGCGUACGGAGGAACAAGCUACUAUUCUCAUUCUAUAGACCACGAUUGGAGUGAGGCUCUGUUGGUUCUCAGAAUGCUCAGCAGAAACCUCUAUGCGCUAGAGUUUCUCGAUCUCACUGGAUGCACUCCAUGGUUCAAGGCUUUGAUGCUGCGUUCGGACCAUGACUACGUAGACUGGGUCGGGGCAUGGGGCAAAGUGACGCUCCUCCGGAUACUCACCGGGUGGACACCUGGCGAUGAUGCCCUUCCUUCAGAGCAGAUUGCUUAUAGAGAGGCUAUAGAUGUGGCUGCUAGUGUAGAGAAGCAUAUCAGAACUGUGCGCGCAGGAAAGGGUCGGAUCAUCACAGUGGAAAGAAAUAGGCUGGAUUUGUAG